CGGGGAAACGGAGCACCUUCACUUUCGGAACCAGAGAGCUGGCGGAAGGAGCGGUUCCCUUCGGAGGCGGAGACACCGGAAGAGGACGGAGGAGCCCGGCGGGGGAGGGAAGGAAGGAAGCGCCGCCCGAGAGGAGGAGGAGAGAGGGCCCCGCGGAGCAGCCCCGGGAGACGGCGGGGAAAGGCCGGGGGGCUCCGGAACUGCAGGAGGGAUGAGCCCAGCGGGAGCCCGGGAAAGGCGGCUGCCUGGAGGGGGAUGCGGGGAGGAGGAAACGGGGGGAGACGCCGAGACGGGCCUGGAGGGUGGAGGGUCCUUCGGAAGACCCCGGAAUCCCCAAAGGAUCCAGGAGGAAGAAGAGAGAUAUCAGUGCCCGGAAUGUGAAAAAUUCUUCAAGAGAAAUCAGUGUCUUCGAAAGCAUCUAAAGGUCCAUUCAGGAGAAAAACCUCAUAAAUGUUUGGAGUGUGGAAAGAGUUUCAGUCAGAGGAGCAACCUUUAUGCACAUCAAAGGAUCCACACAGGAGAAAAACCUCAUAAAUGUCUGGAGUGUGGAAAGAGCUUCAAUCAGAGGAGCAACCUUUAUGCACAUCAAAAGAUCCACACAGGAGAAAAACCUCAUAAAUGUCUGUUGUGUGGAAAGCGCUUCAGUCGGAGGAGCAACCUUUAUGCACAUCAAAGUAUCCAUUCAGGAGAAAAACCUCAUAAAUGUCUGCAGUGUGGAAAGAGCUUCAGUCAGAGUGGCAGCCUUUAUAGACAUCAAAGGAUCCAUACAGGAGAAAAACCUCAUGAAUGUCUGGAGUGUGGAAAGAGCUUCAGUCAGAGUAGCAGCCUUUAUGCACACCAAAGGAUCCACACAGGAGAAAAACCUCAUAAAUGUCUGGAGUGUAGAAAGAGCUUCAGUCAGAGUAGCAGCCUUUAUGUACACCAAAGGAUCCACACAGGAGAAAAACCUCAUAAAUGUCUGGAGUGUGGAAAGAGCUUCAGUCAGAGUAGCAGCCUUUAUGCACAUCAAAGGAUCCACACAGGAGAAAAACCUCAUAAAUGUCUGGAGUGUGGAAAGAGCUUCAGUGAGAGGAACAGCCUUUAUGCACAUCAAAGGAUCCACACAGGAGAAAAAUCUCAUAAAUGUCUGGAGUGUGGAAAGAGCUUCAUUGAGAGGGGCCACCUUUAUAAACAUCAGAGGAUCCACACAGGAGAAAAACCUCAUAAAUGUCUGGAGUGUGGAAAGAGCUUCAGUCAGAGGAGCAACCUUUAUGCACAUCAGAGGAUCCACACAGAAGAAAAACCUAAUAAAUGUCUGGAGUGUGGAAAGAGCUUCAGUCGGAGGAGCCACCUUUAUGUACACCAAAGGAUCCACACAGGAGAAAAACCUCAUAAAUGUCUGGAGUGUGGAAAGAGCUUCAGUCAAAGGGGCCACCUUUAUAAACAUCAGAGGAUCCACACAGGAGAAAAACCUCAUAAAUGUCUGGAGUGUGGAAAGAACUUCAGUCAGAGGAGCAACCUUUAUGCACAUCAGAGGAUCCACACAGGAGAAAAACCUAAUAAAUGUCUGGAGUGUGGAAAGAGCUUCAGUCAGAGGAGCCACCUUUAUGCACACCAAAGGAUCCACACAGGA